CGAAGAUAAAACGACAACAACCUUGCAGCGCCGAAGUUCGUCGCUACUUUUGCAAGGGGCAUAUGUGCGCCGCGUGACAUUUCGAGCCAAUACAGGUGUAGACAGACUUCCUAGCCAGUGCACGCUUAUCGAAGAGCGUUGGAUGGAAUAACAUCGAGAAAUUUUGCAUGGCAACUACGAGAAUGAAGCCACAGACACCUUACAGGAAGCGGAACAGAAGAUGCGGAUAUCAGACCUCAGCCAGCGGAUGUCUUACGUGCAAGAAAAGGCGAAUCAAAUGCGACGAAGGGAAGCCCAUUUGUGGACAAUGUGCAAAAAGCAGGCGCCAUUGUGAUGGCCCAAUGGCAUUGCAGUAUCGGUUUGCGGCGCCUCAAACGAGCACUUCCUUUUCUACUGGCGGGAGAAUAUCGAGUCCCGCCUUUCAGAUCCCCAUGGUCAGUGGCAGUCAUGACGAGAAACGAGCCUUUGACUACUAUCUCCAGAAAGUGGGACCAAUGCUUGCUGGGGAAAAUGUGAAAGAUCUCGAAUUCUGGCUGAGCCUGGUGCCUCGUUGGUGCGUGUCUGACACGGUGCUCUGGGCCGCAAUCAUCUCGCUAAGCCACCUUUAUCAACAAGUUCGAGUUCGGCCAGCCCCGGCGGACCCCUUCGGGCGUGGGUGCAGUCUGUCAGGGUAUUCGUGGAGCCUGGAAUAUCAUGGGCGAGCCAUCAGCGAAUACCGGCAACGUUUGAGCAGUAAGACUGCAGACCUGCCCGGUGCCUUCCUAAGCUCCGUCCUCUUUGCAAUGUUCGAAUUUCAAUUGGGGAACGUGGACACUGCGCUCGUGUUGGUCAGAAGCUCGGUCAAGUUGUCUUCGCAGAUCAAGAAGUGGCCUGAUAAUCUGGACGUGAAGGAAGGAAUAUGCCGGUUCUUCGCCAGCCUUGCAUUGCUCGUGUCGCCCACGAGUGCAUUUCCAACUACAAUAGCCGGACCCUUCAAUGGAGAGAAAUCACUCAGGUCGUCUUUCCUGGUCAUGAUGCCUCAGCCUUUGGAUAUGUUGAGAACCCGCCUGUAUAGCCUGAAGUAUCAGGCUUCCAAGGUUAUGGAGGAAGCCUCCUACGGCCGGUCACAGGCCAUUUCAGGGGAUGAUGAAUGGUUAGCUCUUCAACAACGCAUUUUGAGGGAUCUGGAUAUUUGGCGCAACACGGUGCAGGCCUUUCGACUUGAAAAUCCCUGCAACUUUUCCGAUUUUCUAACCUCGCUUCUGCUGAUAUACAAUAGGGUGACCUAUAUCGAAUUGUCAGUGUGCUUGAUCGCAGCAGAGACCAAGUUCGAUCAACAUCUGGUCGCUUUUCGAGAGAUCGUCCGCUACGGGGAGACUGCACUCGGCUACGCUCUGGCCAUAGAUGCUAAGCCUCCUUUCCUAUUUGAACUGAACCCCGUGCCGCCGCUCGCUUUCGUCGCAUGGAAAUGCCGUCAUCCUGGCGUAAGACGAAGAGCUAGAGAUCUGAUGACCAAGGCGAGGGGUUUGACAGGCAGCUGUAACCCCUGGAUUGUUGAUCUGGCAACUGCAGUCAUUCAGAUCGAGGAACAUGGGGCUGAAGAGCCUCACGAAGGAUGGGACAAGCAAACCAGCAUCCAGGAGGUGACCUCGAGGAUACCCGAACAGAAGAGAGUGAAGUGUUGGUACGCUUUGAAAUCCCAGACAGGUGCGAAGGAUCCUUCGUUACUCGCGAAUCUUAUCCUACAUCCAUGCAUCAGCGAGCUCGACUGUGACGACUGUGUAAGACGCGUUCUGGUACAACUGGAGACAGGUGAGGUCCUGGAAGAUGCGACUACCCACAUCCGAGAUGUGGUGUAUCGAAUAUGAGUGGCAUAUGACUUGCCCAUGUCUCUCAUAGCUUCGUCGGCCGAAGCGCUAGUACACUGUAGUCAGAUCCUCAUGCCGUCUGUAGGGUUAGGAACGAGAGACGUCCGAGGGUA